UAGUUGAUAUCCAACCGAACGGCUACCUGGCGCGUGUGAGAGAUUUGCAUAUCCUUAGAAACGUACCUCCCACUUCCUUUGCUUUUAUUGUUUUUCAUUUCUGGAGGCUCCGUCUGCGUGUGCAAGGAAUCUUUCAAGGUCCUACAGGGCAACCAUCUACUGCUUUGCGAGGAAUGUUUCAAGGUCCUGCAGGGCAACCAUCUACUGCUUUGCAAGGAAUGUGGAUAAUCCAUGCCAUCAACCCAAUGAAGAGCCGUUCGACUGGGGUUUGAAGAGCAUAACACCGAGCUCCAAAACGCAGAGCACCCACAUCUUCAAAUGGAUAUAUCUCAAGGAGCCUACAUUUAGAGUCGUUGCAGUUGCCUAAUCAGCCAUUUAACCAGUCUUUGUGUGCAGCAAGGUAGAUAAUUGGGUAGAGUAGCGGCAGCCCAACAGAGUAUUAAGACCUUAUCUGCAAGAGCAUAAGUAAUGCAGAAGCGGGUCAUUUUGGUGCAGAAGUGGAUCAUUUUGGUGAUAUUUAUAAUUGGCGCUAGGAAGGAAGAGUAUGAUGCGAAGGCGAAGGUGCAUUCAACAAAUUCGUGCUGGGAAUGCGAAGGUGCAUUCAACAAAUUUCUUGGUUGCAAGGGAUUUGGGGUUUGUUGUGUGUUGCCGAUGCCAUCGACACACUUGCAAGCCCGUUAGGGGCUUGCCCGCGGGGGAUGUGGCCUGCUCAGAAUGGAGUGAUGUAAGGCAGAAUGAGGACAUGAAGUGGCCUGCUCAUAAUGCAGUGAUAUAAUGCAGAAUGGAGUUGAAUUUGGUGGAAAAAGGGCGGCUGAAGCUGGGGAACUUGUUUAAACAGAAAAUAAGAGUUUAUUUUCUCAGGACUAGAAAAUGCCCCACCAAGGGGAGGAGGGUUCGGCAGAGUGGUCCUCCCCAUCAGAGGGUUCGGCUAGGGAUUUUCAACGCAGAAGAUUUCGCAGGAGGUUAUGUGACCUCACAAAUUUAUCCACAGAUCGAACCUCCACCGGAAUUUCUUUCGAUUAACACUUCUGCUUACCCUACAGAUGAUUCUUUAUUUUUUUCACCUACGCAACAGAGGACCGCGGCAAAUAUGACCCGCCAACAUGGGAUGCGGAAGAAUGAAUUCGGAGCCUUCAAGGUCACAUGGUGCGGAACUGGGGAAUAUAUCAAUGUGGUAAUUUCUUUUCAAUGUUUUUUUAGGAUAAUAUACGAAAACAAUAACUAUUAA